AUGACAACCUUUUCAACUGAAUUCUUAUCACACACUCUCAAUUUCAGAAACCACCCAAACCGCACUUCUCGCCGUUCAAAUCCCAACACUAUCGUCACUUCCUCAACCCCAGGCAACACCAACAACCGAAGAACAAGAAUCAGGGUCAAUGAAACAAGGCCAAAACUUGAUCAAGAUUACGAUGAAGCUCUCAUUAGGUCAUUCAAAUCAGCUAAGUACAAUCGAGCUCUCCGCUUUCUUAAGCGCAUGGUUGACAGGGGUUAUAAACCUGAUGCCAUUCUCUGCACUAAAUUGAUUAAUGGUUUUUUCAAUUCUAAGAAAACCCAGAAAGCUAUUCGGGUCAUGGAGAUUUUGGAAAAGCACAGCCAGGCUGAUGUUUUUGCGUAUGAAGCACUUUUAAAUGGGUACUGUAAAGCUGAUAUAGUUGAUGCUGCCAAUAAGGUCAGCAGUGCAUGGCUACUGUACAAAUCCAGUACAGCAGGAAAUGGAUUCCUUUCUGCAACACUACAAGGUUUCAGUGUUUUUGAUGACCGGGAAGGAGUUGAACAAGGAUUUUGGUUAGCAAUAGGAAAGCCUGAGAGCAUUGGAGCCAGUCCUCCAAGUACACUGUCGUAUUAUGAAAAUCAGGAGUCAAUUGAUAGUAGCUCAAGUAAAGGGAAUAAUUUUGAACCAGUUCAAACAAUGCUCAUUGUUGAUAUGAAAUUUGGUCCGGAUUCAACAUUUGUUUCUGUGUGUAUCCAGAGACCUCAGUUACUUGUUGCACUAGAUUUUCUUCUUGCUGUAGUUGAGUUUUUUGUUCCAACAGUCAGCAGUAUGCUAUCAUUUGAAGAACACAAUUCCUCCAUGCUGGAUGCAAUCAUCAUAGAUCAGUCUAUCUACAAGCAACCUUGUGCUGAAUUUUCCCUCUCACCUCAAAAGCCUUUAAUAGUUGAUGAUGAAAAUUUUGAUCAUUUCAUUUAUGAUGGGGAUGGUGGAAUUCUAUAUUUAAAAGAUGGGCGGGGUUUGAAUCUUACAUCAGCUAGCUCAGAGGCUAUAAUCUAUAUUGGAAAUGGGAAAAAAUUGCAAUUUAGAAAUGUUGUUAUUAAGGGUGGACAGCACUUGGAUUCUUGUGUUUUUCUUGGGGCAAAUAGUAGUUAUUCAGCUUUAAAUGAUGACCAUGUCUAUUUGGAACAAUCAGUUGAAAGUCCUCAGGAAAUAUCUCCGAGAGGUAGAGUGCAUGAAGUACCAUCCCAGAAUAAUGCAGCUAAUAGCUCUGUGGAGGUUAUCGUUGAGCUUCAGAGUCUAUUCUCACGUCCAAGUUUCUACGACAUUAAGAAUGGCUGUGUUAUGGUCACUGCUCACGCAGUAUUGGAAAAGAAGUUGUUCUGUAUUGAGUGGAAGAACCAGCGGAAGCUGGCAAUAUUCAGUCCAGAAAACAACUCAUGGACAAUGGUACCCGUCCCAUUGACAGGGAGCUCGAGUGUUGGCUUUCGAUUCGGCGUACUAGACGGAAAGCUGUUACUAUUUCCAGUUGAAAAAGAACCUACUAAUCAAACACUGUUGUAUGAUCCAAAUGCCGCCUUGGGAUCAGAAUGGCAAACUUCAGACAUAAGGCCAUCUGUGUUACUUUAUUCGCGUCCAAGUUUCUACGACGGCUUAUCUCCCGUACUCAAUGUUGAUGGUAUUCUAAGUAGCAAAACUCCACCAAGGGUUUGGUUGAAUUUUCAGUACCAAGCAUUUUAUGACCAACACGACGUAAAGCUAGUUGAUAAAGUACUAGAAAUGUUGAGACUUUAUACUAUAGACUUUAUUUCAUCUCCAGAGAUCGGUUUCUUAACAAGUGUCAAUGAGAAAGUUAGGAAGAAAACAAAGUUCGUCUUUCAAUUUCUUAACGCAAGUGAUGUCGAACCAACAACAAUGCAACCGUAUGGCACCAUUGUGAAAGAUCUUGCGGCAAUCAAGUCAUAUGCAUCUGGUAUAAUAGUGCCGAAAGAAUACAUAUGGCCAGUUAAACCAGACAAUUACUUGGGGCCUCUCACAACCCUAGUAUCUGAUGCAUAUAAACAAGGACUGGAAGUGUAUGCUUCUGGUUUUGCGAAUGAUUUCUUUUCAAGCUAUGAUUAUAACUAUGAUCCUACUGCUGAGUACCUACAAUUUAUAGCGAAAGACGAAUGUGUUGAUGGUCUUGUUACUGAUUUUCCUUCAACCGCAUCAAAUUCUAUAGCAUGCUUUGCACUCAACAAUACACUGCCGAAAAAAGAUAAUAGACAACCUUUGAUCAUUAGCAAUAACGGAGCAAGUGGUGUUUAUCCAGGUUCUACCAAUCUUGCUUAUCAACAAGCAAUAGACGAUGGAGCUGACAUUAUAGAUUGCUCGGUUCAAAUGACAAAAGAUGGAAUUUCAUUCUGCUCAAAUACAGCAGACCUAAUGGCAGAUACAACUGCUAUGACUAAAUUUAUGCCGCGGACUUCCAAUGUUCCAGAAAUUCAACCAAAUAGUGGAAUUUUCUCCUUCGAUCUCACGUGGAACGAGAUCCAAAGCUUGCAACGUAAUGCUUCCGUUUGA